UCUGUCCAGUUCCUAGGGCGCACUCGCUCCACUCCAGUCCGCUAGGUGACAGUAAUGCAAUAAAAUAGCUGUAUCGACAGCUAACCGGAAAUGAAAACAAAUCACAGACGGAAGAAAAAAAAAUGGAAGCGGCAGUGUUCAUUCUGUCACUUGUGGAUUGCUGUGCACUUAUUUUCCUCUCUGUCUACUUUAUUAUCACGCUGUCUGAUCUAGAAUGUGACUACAUUAAUGCUAGAGCCUGCUGCUCCAAGCUAAACAAAUGGGUUAUUCCAGAGAUGGUUGGCCAGUGUCUCUCCACUAUGCUGAUGUUGGUCUCCAUGCACUGGUUCAUUUUCCUCCUCAACCUGCCUGUAGCAGCCUGGAACAUUUACAGGUAUGUAAAGGUUCCGAUGGGAAACAUGGGCGUGUUUGACCCCACUGAGAUCCACAACCGAGGUCAGCUCAAGUCCCACAUGAAGGAGGCCAUGAUUAAACUGGGUUACCACCUGCUCUGCUUCUUCAUUUAUUUGUAUAGCAUGAUCCUGGCUCUCAUCAACGACUGAAGUCCCCAGCAAGCUGCCAAAUUCUAAACUCCACUGUUUCCCCCCUCACAGCCUGCUCCUGUACUGUAUGCAUACAAUCUUUCAUAACAGCAGAGAAAGAAGAAGCUUACUGUUAUUUGUGUUGUUAUGAUCUAAGAAUUUUGACUUUAAAGUGCUCAUAUUAUGCUCAUUUUCAGGUUCAUAAUUGUGUUUAGAGGUUAUAUCAGAAUAGGUUUACA